UAUACUACCACCUCGAUUCUUCUUCAAUUGUUCGAAGCGAUACUUUUUUGUCGAUCUGCAGCAGCAGCAGAGCCAGAGAGAAAGAGAGCAGCAGCUCGUAUCGUCUCGUGUCCGUGCGUGCGAUGUGCAAUUGAGGCCAGGUACCCAGAGUGUACUACACUGCACACAGCUCUCGCCGAGGCACGCGAGAGGGUAAUGUUCAUUUACUGCGUCAUUGGGAUUUCGCGCGAGAGCUGACACGACGACGACGACGAUUGUGACAAAAACAACAACGGGGCGGGCUCUGCUGCAAGGAGAGCUGCUGCCGAGUUUCGCGGUGUGACUCAUUUUUUUGAUAUAACAGUGCAUCCAUAAAUUCGCAGUAGCAGCUUUCGUGUCAUCGCGUGUAUUCAUAUAUGCGUGCCGUGUCGUUCGCGUGCUUUAAAAGGAGGCCCGAGCUUUUUAUGGAGUGCCCCUUCGUCGUGCAGUCGUAUACGGCGCGUUAAAAGCCGCUGUGACAUAUAUACAUACAGCAAUAUCAAAACGCGGAGCGCGGCGACGGCGGCGGCGACGACAGCUCUAAUACGGUGCGUGUUUUCGUGUGUCCGUCUGUGGUGGUGGUGUGUUGUGUUGUAUUAUGUAUAUAAACAUUACAUCAGCUGCGCUUGGGUCUCGUUUUUAAACGUAACACAAUAUAUAUAAUAUAAUAUAUACGCAUACACGUCAGCUCAAACGGUUCAUCGCAUACAGUACAGUGUCAUUGGUGAGUGUGAGUGUGUAUACAGCAACAAACGUGAAGAGCCGCGCUAUCGCGCAUCGUCUGCGAAUUUUUUUUUCUGCAUGUUUAUAUACCGAGCGGAGCAGGCAUAUACUCGGUGUAUACGAGACACAUACAGAUAUAUAGCCCUGAAGCAGGCGAGACAGAGAAAGAGAGAGGAAAGAGCGAGACGGAGCGAGGAGAGGCAACGCGGGUAGGAGGAAAGAGACCUACUGGCUCAUCAUCAUGGCGAAUCAAGACACCGAACCGAUGUCACGUUUGCUCAAGCUCGCCAAAAAGUUCAACUGCUUCUACCUCUCCGGUCUACAUGCUGGGGACUGCAGAGCAUUUGUUGUCGAUGGACAACAAAUUGGACUUGUCAGACCUGAUGUGAUGAAAGAACUUUUGAAUCAUCCACAAGUAUUUCAAGUUCAUCCAGAAUAUGUCCAACUCAACCCGGCCUUUAGAGACUACAAUGAAAGAAGUGCAAAAGUUGAAGAAGUUCUUCGAGAAUGGAGAGGGGGUGACAAAUUUGUUGCAUUGCAUGGCUGGAGGGAAGAAUAUUAUGAUGUACGAGCUCAAUUCAAUACUCCACCAUUGUUCAAAAUGGACCGUUCAGCAACAUCUCUUUUUGGAAUUCGAAAAUAUGGUGUGGAUAUAAAUGGAUACGUAAUAGAUCCUGUAAAAGGAUUAUCAAUAUGGUUACAAAAACGAAGUCCAAAAAAACAAACAUGGCCAAGCUUCUGGGACAAUUGUGUCAGUGGAGGACUAAGUGUAGGCUUUGGCAUUCAUGAAACUGCAAUCAAAGAAGCUGCUGAAGAAGCUGGAAUACCAAAUCACUUACUAACCAAAUUAAAAAGUGGAGGAUGCAUAUCAAUAUUCUUUGAAAGUAACCGAGGGCUAUUUCCAAACACAGAAUUUGUAUUCGACUUAGAACUUCCAUUAGACUUUGUACCCACUAAUAACGAUGGUGAAGUUGAGACUUUUGAACUACUGCCUGUUAGUGAAUGUCUUGAAAGGAUUCUUUCAUCUAAUUUUAAGACUACAUCUGUUCCAGUUUCAUUAGACUUUUUUAUUCGACAUGGUGUCAUAACACCAGAAAAUGAGCCAAAUUUUAUUCAAAUUAUGGAAUUGUUACAUGUACCAUUGCAAACAAUGUAUAAUCAACCUCAUAGGAAGCACAAAAUUUCUACCAAUGGUGAAACAAACAGUUUAGGACGAAUUUAAAUGAUUCAAAUGUAGGUAUUUUCAAUUUUAAAACAUCACAAUUUU